AUGGGGUCUGCCAUCGGAGCUAUCCUCAAGGCACUGCUUCUGUUAUCUACUCAGAAUUGGGACCGAGUGGAAGCUGGGAAUUCCUAUGACUGUGACACCCCACUCGUGUCUGCCCUGCCUCAGGCAUCGUUCAGCAGCUCCUCAGAGCUCUCCAGCACUCAUGGUCCUGGGUUUGCAAGGCUGAAUCGAAGGGAUGGAGCUGGAGGCUGGUCUCCACUUGUGUCGAACAAAUACCAGUGGCUGCAGAUUGACCUUGGAGAGAGGAUGGAGAUCACCUCUGUGGCCACCCAGGGGGGCUAUGGGAGCUCCAACUGGGUGACCAGCUACCUCCUGAUGUUCAGCGACAGCGGCAGGAACUGGAAGCAGUAUCGGCAAGAGGACAGCAUCUGGGGCUUUUCAGGAAAUGCAAAUGCAGACAGUGUGGUGUACGCUAGGCUCCAGCCUUCCAUCCAGGCCAGAUUUCUGCGCUUCAUCCCUGUAGAAUGGAACCCCAAGGGCAGAAUUGGAAUGCGAAUCGAAGUGUUUGGAUGUGCCUAUAGAUCAGAGGUCGUUGAUCUUGAUGGGAAGAGUUUCCUUCUCUACAGAUUUGAUCAGAAAUCCCUGAGUCCCCUAAAAGAUAUCAUUUCUUUGAAAUUUAAAACCAUGCAGAGUGAUGGGGUUCUACUCCACAGGGAAGGGCCGAGCGGAGAUCACAUCACCCUGGAACUGAGGGGAGGAAAGCUCUUCUUCCUGAUUAAUUCAGGUGAAGCUAAAGUGCCCACUGCUCACAGCCCUGUCAGUCUCACCCUGGGCAGCCUGCUGGAUGAUCAGCACUGGCACUCUGUGCUCGUCCAGUGUCUGGGCAAGCAGGUCAACUUCACCGUGGACGAGCACAGGCACCGCUUCCAUGCGCAGGGAGAGUACGCCCACCUGCAUCUUGAUCAUGAGAUCAGCUUUGGAGGGAUUCCAGCACCUGGCAAAUCGGUGUCAUUCCCAUAUAGAAAUUUCAGUGGGUGUUUAGAAAAUCUCUAUUACAAUGGAGUGGAUAUCAUCAACUUGGCCAAGCAGCCAAACCGACAGAUCCUCACAAUGGGGAACGUGUCCUUUUCUUGUUCACAAGCACAGCCUGUGCCUGUGACUUUCCCGAGCUCCCGGAGUUAUUUGGCCCUGCCAGGCUCUUCCAGAGAGGAGGGGCUUUCCGUGACUCUCCAGUUUCGAACCUGGAACCAGGCUGGGCUUCUGCUCUACAGUGAACUGCAGCCCCCGUCCGGGGCUCUCAGGCUCUUUCUCAGUGACGGGAAACUUAAGGUGGAUCUCUACCAGCCAGGAAAAUUACCUGGCGACAUCACAGCAGGUUUUGGAUUGAAUGAUGGGCAGUGGCAUUCCAUCUCCUUAUCUGCUAAGAGGAGUCACUUGAGUGUGGCAGUGGAUGGCCACAUAGUCUCCUCAGCUCUUAUGCUGGGACCUGAGCAGAUUUAUUUGGGUGGCACCCACUACUUUGGAGGCUGCCCUGACAAAAGCUUCGGAUCCCAAUGUCAGAGUCCGCUGGGUGGCUUUCAGGGGUGUAUGCGGCUCAUCUCCAUCAGCGACAAGGUGGUGGAUCUGAUUGCAGUUCAGCAGGGGUCCCUCGGAAACUUCAGUGACCUUCAGAUAGACUCGUGUGGCAUCUCAGAUAGGUGUUUGCCCAACUACUGUGAACAUGGUGGUGAAUGCUCCCAAUCCUGGAAUACCUUCCACUGUAACUGCACCAACACGGGGUACAGAGGAGCCACCUGCCAUAACUCCAUCUAUGAGCAGUCCUGCGAAGCCUAUAGGCACCAAGGCAACACUUCAGGCUUUUACUACGUAGAUUCGGAUGGAAGCGGGCCCCUGGGACCGUUCCUUCUCUAUUGCAAUAUGACUGAAACGGCCUGGACCGUCAUCCAGCACAACGGCUCGGACUUAACCAGGGUCAGGCACAUGGACCCAGAGAACCCACACGCCGGGCUGUUCAAGUACGUGGCCAGCAUGGAGCAACUGCAGGCCACAAUUAACCGUGCGGAGCACUGCGAGCAGGAGCUGACUUACUAUUGCAAGAAGUCACGGCUGGUGAACAAGCAAGAUGGAGCCCCUCUGAGCUGGUGGAUUGGUAGAACCAAUGAGACACAAACAUACUGGGGUGGGUCGAUGUCUGACCCUCGAAAAUGCACCUGUGGCGUAGAGGGGACCUGCAUUGAUCCCCAGUACUACUGCAAUUGUGACGCCGACCGCAACGAAUGGACCAAUGACACUGGGUUCCUUUCUUACAAAGAGCAUCUACCGGUGACUAAGAUAGUGGUUACAGACACAGGCCGGCCGCAGUCGGAAGCAGCUUACAAGCUGGGGCCCCUGCUCUGCAGAGGAGACAGGUCAUUUUGGAAUUCAGCUUCCUUCAACACGGAGGCUUCCUACCUUCAUUUCCCUACCUUCCAUGGCGAGCUCAGUGCUGACGUCUCGUUCUUUUUUAAGACGACUUCUUCCUCAGGGGUGUUUCUGGAGAACCUGGGCAUCACCGAUUUCAUUCGAAUCGAGCUACGCUCUCCCACAGUUGUCACCUUCUCGUUUGACGUGGGGAAUGGCCCUUUCGAAAUCUCUGUGCAGUCACCCAGCCAGUUCAACGACAACCAGUGGCACCAUGUGAGAGUUGAAAGGAACGUGAAAGAGGCUUCCAUCCAAGUGGACCAGCUCUCCCCGAGGACACAGCCAGCCCCAGCGGACGGCCACAUGCUCUUACAGCUCAACAGUCAGCUUUUUGUGGGCGGGACCGCGACCCGGCAGAGGGGAUUUCUGGGCUGUAUCCGGUCUCUGCAGCUGAAUGGCGUGGCGCUGGAUCUGGAGGAACGCGCCCGGGUGACGCCGGGCGUGCAGCCAGGCUGCCGAGGGCACUGUGGCAGCUACGGGAAGCUGUGCCGCAAUGGCGGCAAGUGCAGGGAGAAGCCCAGCGGGUUCUUCUGUGACUGCACGCCCUCCGCCUACACAGGGCCGUUCUGCUCCCAUGAGAUUUCUGCAUAUUUUGGGUCUGGCUCAUCUGUGGUGUACAACUUUCAAGAAAAUUAUUCCUUAAGUAAAAACUCCAGCUCGCACGCUGCUCCGUUUCACGGCGACAGGAAGCUGAGCCGGGAAGUGCUGAGCCUCGGCUUCCGGACCACGAGAGCCCCGAGCUUGCUGCUCUAUAUGAGCGCCUUUUACAAGGAGUACCUUUCAGUUAUUAUUGCCAAAAAUGGAAGUCUACAGAUCAGGUACAAGCUAAACAGGCAUCAAGAACCUGACGUUGUUAAUUUUGAUUUUAAGAACAUGGCUGAUGGCCAGCUUCACCACCUAAGGGUCACCAGAGAGGAGGGCGUGGCCUCGGUAGAGAUUGAUGAGGAUACGAGAAGACAAGUGUACCUAUCGUCAGGCACCGAAUUCAGUGCAGUCAAGUCUCUGGUCCUGGGCAGGCUUGCAGAGCUCAGUGAUGUGGACCGGGAGACAGCCCUGGCUGGUGCGCAGGGCUUUACCGGCUGCCUCUCAGCUGUGCAGCUCGGCCACGUGGCUCCUCUAAAGGCUGCUCUGCGCCCCACAUAUCUCGCCCCUGUCACGCUUACAGGACCUGUGACCGAGUCCAGUUGUGUGGCCCAGGCUGGCACUGAUGCCACAUCCCGGGAAAGGACACACUCAUUUGCAGAUCAUUCUGGAGCAUUAGAUGACAGACAGCCUUUGGCUAAUGCGAUCAGAAGCGACUCUGCAGUCAUUGGAGGUCUGAUCGCUGUUGUAAUCUUUAUCUUGCUCUGCAUCACUGCCAUCGCUAUGCGUAUUUAUCAGCAGAAAAGGUUAUACAAAAGAAAUGAGGCAAAAAGGUCAGAGAAUGUAGAUGGUGCUCAGGCUGUUUUGAAAAGUGAGCUCAAUAUACAAAGCACGGCCAAUGAAAACCAGAAAGAGUACUUCUUCUGAUGGGCAGCUAUCAUUUAAAUUCUACUUAUGAUGGUUCAUUUUAAUAGCCAGGGGCUCUUAAUGGACAAAAAA